AUGGCGAUCCAGCGCAUCAAGGACUUAGAGCGUGAGCUUCGUAGAGCUAAGCGUGGUGCUGACAAUGGAGGGGAUAAUGAUGAUGAGGGCGAUGCUAAGGAUGACGAAGGUGAGGAUGAACCAAUCAAGUAUCCAGAUGGGACAGCUGUGAUCUCCGCAGACGCAUUACGCAUGCGUCUUAGGAGACUGUGUUCUCUUAAGAAAUCGGGGAAGAGCCAUGUGUCGGACGAAGUCCGAAAGGACUACUUGGGCGGCGGAGAGAAACGGGAGUGGCUUGAGAUUGCCUUGUUAGAGGCGAUCAAGGUUCACGGCACAGAUCGCAAGCUCUACAACAGAGUGAAGGAAAGGCAGUGGAAAUAUAACCCCUCCGUGCCGGAAUUUUUCGUGGAGGAUGAGACCACAACAUGCCUGCGGAGAUCAGACCUGACCCGGGAGGUUGCCACCACUGAAGUGGAGGACAAGACGUCGGCCACAGCUCCCGAUACCAGCAGACUUGGCCUUGAGAUCCCGUCAGAAAACAUCAAACCCGAACUUGUGGGUCACAAGGUGGCCCCUGACCUAGAGAAGUUCAUGACAUCCGUGCAGAACAGGGUGAACGGUGUCUGUGAGAUGAUUUCAGUGUUGACGGACGUUGAGAUCCCAGUGGCGGCGCGCAAGGUUGGCUACACAACGCUUUCCAACAAGCUCGAGAAGUGUCAGAACCAGUUGGAGGAAUGCUACUCCCGAUUGGCGUCGAUCUUGACGGAUAUCCAGAUGGAAGGGCUGGACCAACUCCACAAUACCGACCCCAAAAUGAAACAGUUUCUUGGAAAGUAUUGA